UGGCCUAAUAAAUGUAUUGCAAACAAUUGUGUGAGUGUAUUUCUGCAGCAAAAGAGACUGUACGCUAAGCUAACUGCACUUACUAAGUAAAAUAAAGUAAAUAGAUAUCAUUAAACCGCCUAAAGGUAUGCUAAAUUUGUGCGCCACAUUAACAAGUCAGCAUAGAGUUUGUAACAUAAAUGCACAAUACACACCAAUGAGCUAAGUGACAGCCGCAAAGCAUUAACGUUUAACUUUGCACAUAUUUCGCAUCGGUCUAGCCUACUUUAGGGCACUUUGACACUUUUGAAAACACCAAAAGCAUAAGCAUUUGUCAAAUGUCUGCACAACUACUACUAAGUAAUUGAAGUAUAUUUACUCGCAUUUACGUUUCGCAUAUCAAGUUAACAAGUUUGUGUCAAGUGCUUGCGCCUUAAAUUAUGCCAGCUUCACUUUCACUUUGAGUGCCCUACAAACUUUGACGUAGGCAGCAAAUCUGUGCUUGAACUCAAAAAUAACAUAAAAUAGAACUAAAAAAGAAUAAAUAUAUCUGUAAGCGCAACAACAAAACCCGAAAUAUUUCUGUGCCAAAACCGAAGCGGAAGAGCUACAGAAAUUGUAAGCUUGAAGAACGUAACAUACUUUCAGGCGCUGCGCAACAUGCAAAGUGCGAAGAAAGAGAUGCUAGCGCUUGAGUGCUGGUUUUGAGUGGCAACAAAUUACCAUUUCACAUUCCGUAUUAGAUACCUUUUCCGUGCGCACCGUAUCGUAUGGCAAAACUUUGCGUCUAAAAGUUAAGUUAAGUGAGUUGUGAAUGUGUUGGAAAGUUGGUCAGAAGUGAAAAAACCAACAAAAACAAAAAAAACAACAAAAUCACAAAGUCAGUUUUACAUUUGGCUUGUGCGUUUGUCACGUCUCUAGACGUGAAAAAAGGUACUAAAGCACAGAAAAACGUGGAAAUAAAAUAAAAUUGAAAAGUUGCCGUGAGUAAAAGUGGUUUUCGCAUAUUUCCGUUGCAUACUUGUUGGCGCGUAACCGAAACUUUCAACUUUGGUGCAUAGCAAACCUUUUGCCACAGCAGUUUUGUAACUGAUAUGUCAUGUCGACUGUCGACUAACGCGACAGCACUCACUGUCUAGCUGCGUUGCAGUCAAGCGAAAAGUCUAACUUCUAACGCCAGCUGUAGGUGCUGGGGCGUAUACGCAACCCACAUACCCACUACAAGUGUGCGGCCCACUUUUAUAUGUGUGUUGCCUACAUGUAGGCGCAUAAAGUAAUUCAUUUUCUACUUAAAUGUAAUCAAAUUGAACAUUGUAAAAUUUGUAAAAUGUUCAAAUGCGCAUACGUAUGUAAAUUUUUCAAUUCGUGCGCGAAAUUUUAUUGUGCCAACAAAUUGUGAAAAAUUGUGAAUUGAAGAUUUUUAUGACCCCUUAGACAGCACGUAAAAAUCAAGCCACGUGUGUGCACAUUAGACCCCCUAAAGUAUACAAUUUGUAUGCAAAAAGUACAUCAGUCAAGCGAAGCGCCGACUUUUGGACUUUUGCUUUUUCGCCUAACUCCGAGUACAUACAAACAUUGAACUCACGCUGACAGCCUGCCACGCAUGAAGGACAUCAUCUGGCAGUUGUAAAUAAGGAUUUCUCAUAUUCGUAGCUCGUAAAAUUCGCAAGGUUACGCCGUGUCGCGCUGCUUUAUUUCCCCCAUUGAACUCACAGGGGUCCCCCGGCAGGCAAUGCGACAAAACUGCAAGCAUAUUACCGGCACUUGUGGCAUUGUAUUUGCGUGCGAAUAAAAUUUAUUUAUACAAAUUUACAAGGUGGCAAAAGAGGUGGAUGGUGCAGAAAAUAAAUACCAACGGUACAAUACAAAAUAAUUGACAUUCAAGAACAUCACCUAUCAACAAGCGCAAUAACAGUGACAGCAACAACUACAAAUAUUAUAAAAGCAAUAACGAUGCCGACGACUUAAUGAAAAGGAAGUGAAAGUGAACGAGAACGAGAGACAUUGAAGACAUCGCAAAUGAAAUGAAAAUGCGAGCAAAGAGUGCAAAACAAGCUCAAGUUGUAGUUCACACUGUGUCAGAGAGCAACGUUGACAUGUGAGGCACAUAGCGCCUGGCAGGCAUUCAACGCAAAUCGACGUCAACCAAAGGAUAACCGUUAAGCGAUAUAAGGGAAACGACGACAUCACGUGCCAUAAUAAUACUGUAAAGUGAAACCAAUUAAAAAGGCGCGUGAUUCCAGCUGAGCGACAGCAACAACGACAGGCGACAAGCUGGAGGCGUACAACAGCCACGGGCAAUCGGUUAAUUUAAAAAAUACAAAAAUAAAAAAUAAAAGCCUACAAGAAGAAAAAAAAAUUACAACGGAAGUAAAUACACGGCAGUGACAAUGAAGCUGGCAUCCAUGCAGUAACAACAACAACAACAGCAACAACAGCAACAACAAUUGAAUUCCCGUUUUUACGCUGCAGGAUUUAUAAAUAAUGCAAGCCGGGAUUUUUUCCGCAAAAUAACGGUAUACAAGUAAGAAAAAGCCAACAACAACAAAUUACUGACAAAAGCGCCAAAUCCAAGCGCAGACACGCGGCGUGCAAUUUUGAGUCAAAAAACCUGGCGGAAGCCUAAGUGAAAGACGGAAACGGAAGCGACCGUGAAUUUGUUGGGCUCUCAUUUAUUUGCUUCAUUUUCGUUAUAUUUCUUUUUUUGUUGUUGUAGCAAGCGGUAAGAGUAUUAUAUAGAUUUGAAAACAAAAUAAAACAGUUUUAUUGAAGAAUUAUAGCAACAACACGAAUAAGCUUGCUAACAAUAUUUCGCGACAUAAUAGCAAUAAGAACAAUUGCAAUUAUAAUCAGCACGUAACAAAUAAGAACGCCGCGUGCCGCCUGGCUACUCAACGUCGCGCUGUUAACAGUUAAAGUGAUUACUAACGGUAUUUAUUAUUGUGAGCGCGUGUGAAAGCGCUUUGGAAUUUUGUAGAAAAAUUUUCUUCACACUUCUUGAUUUUAACUAUAUAGUAUGAAGUCGAAAAAUGCAUUUAAUGCUGGAUGAAAUGUCGCGAAAUUAACGUUCAACUUUUGUGUAGAGUCUACAAACAUACCUUAAAUUUAAAAUAGAGCAUUAUUGAUCAAUUCCCGCAAAAACUUGAAGCAAAGCAUUCAAUUGAUUUCCCACUCACUUUGAGUAUUUAAUAUCUUAAUGUGUUGCAUUAAUUAAGCUUUUAUACCAGCAAAUUGCAUAUGCAUAACAAUAAUAGCAAAAAGACAACAACAAACAACAAAGUACUUUAACAACUUUAUACUUUCGUAACAAACGCAACAUAUCGAUAAAACGUACAAUAACAACAAUAAUUCAUAGUAAUAACAAAGCACAUAAUUAAAUAUAAACAAACGACCGUGUGUAUAAGUGAGUGAGUGAGUCAGUCAUUUAACAAAUUUGUUAUUACAAACGUUGACGACAAAAUCAGCAACAUCAGAAUCGCUUGAACUCAAAUUCAUCGAGCAACAAUUACAAAAUGACACAUUGGGUGCAUAUACUGUUGGCGUUGCUGCUGUAUGCAGGUUCCCUUGAGGGCGCCUCAAAACGCUUUUUCACCGAUUUCCUGCAAGAUAUGCCAACCCCCGGCACUGGCGGUCCCACAUUCGAUACAACUGUAGCGACAAAUAUUACAGGGUUGGUCGGCAAGACGGUGAAACUAACCUGUCGAGUAAAGAAUCUGGGAAAUCGAACUGUCUCUUGGGUGCGUCAUCGUGACAUUCACCUGCUGACAGUCGGUCGUUACACCUACACGUCGGAUCAGCGCUUCGAAGCGAUGCAUUCGCCGCAUGCCGAGGAUUGGACGUUACGUAUACGCUACGCACAACGCAAAGACUCCGGCAUCUAUGAGUGUCAGAUAUCAACAACACCACCGAUCGGGCAUUCCGUCUAUCUGAAUAUAGUGGAACCUAUAACAGAGGUAAUUGGCGGCCCAGAAUUACAUAUAAACAAGGGGUCAACCAUCAACUUGACUUGUAUUGUCAAAUUUGCACCGGAACCGCCACCCACAGUCAUUUGGUCACACAAUCGAGAGGUCAUAAAUUUCGAUUCACCACGCGGCGGUAUAUCAUUAGUAACUGAGAAAGGUGUAGUCACCACCAGCCGUUUAUUGGUGCAGAAGGCCAUACAGCAGGAUUCGGGACUCUACACUUGUACACCGUCAAAUGCAAAUCCGACAUCGGUGCGCGUGCACAUCGUUGAUGGUGAACAUCCCGCUGCUAUGCAUCAUGGACACGCCACACCACAAGUCCGACCACCGCCAGCUACGCUCCUACUGCUGCUGGCAUUCCUAGUCGUAUUACUGCUGCAAGAGCACCCCAGUCAAUCGCCACAAAAACGAAAGCAACAACAAGAAGGCGAAGGCGAUGGCGAAUUGCCACUGCAAUAUAAACUGCGGCAACGCAUCCACCGAUGGGAGUGGUGGCAAAGCAAUCAACUAUGGAAUGAAAAAUUUGCGGUCUACCAACGAACAGAGCCAUUCACUGUGGAAUUGUCACAAGUGGUCACAAAAGGUCACGCGCAAGAGCGGGUGGCGGCGAUGAGCCGUUGCCGUUAUGCAGCUGAAAUGCUUUUACUGCCACCACUAAAGACUCAAAGACGUCGUUGGGAGACCGACACGGCGUCAGUAGCAACAUAGCCAUCAAAUGGCAUUUGGUAAAUAGAGAAUAGAGAAUAGAAUGACACUCGAAUUGAUGUAAAUUAAGUUCCCAUCCAGAUCCUAAUAGUUAAACGAAAACUUAAAGUACUUUUUUAAGCGCUUUAAAUGGUAAACAGUAAUAAUAAACUAUGUAUAGUAGGUGUGGUAGGUGUGUGUGAGAGAGCAACGGUGUGUACGUGACUGUGAGAGUAUUUGUUAGACUAAAUUAAAAUCUAGUAUAUAUACAGUUAUUAUCACUAGGAAUGUAAGAGAUUUCCAUAAAAAUACAUUAGUGUGAAAUUAAGAAUCAUUUAGAGAGAGAGAGAGCUAGAAAAUAAGCGAUUACGUAAGAAAGAUGGCGAGAGAAACAUGAAAGAGAGAGAGAUUGUAAAUUUAAUGUGAGAAGCAUACUAGAAACCUUGUGAGGUUCCCAAAAAACAUAACUGUUUCGGAUAGUAUAAGUCUAAAGCAAACAACCAACUCUAUUAGUAUAUUCACCAAUUUCUCAGAAAACUCUCAAUAAAUGUAGAUUAAAGUGUAAAUUAUGGACGACGGCAAAAUAAAACUUUUAAAAAUCUAAAAAUUAUUUGUGAAAGAAAAUGCACACAGAAGAUAUCAAAUCUACAUAUAUAUAUAGACAUUUUAAACUUAACGUAGUUUUCUCAAAUCGAGAGCUCUAGUAUUUUGGCAAGCAAAAACGGCAUACCUUUAGGAGCUGUACAAAAAAAAAAAAAGAAAGAAAACUAACUGUCACUAACUAUAUUUAACUACAGAAUUUCUACCACUAAAUAGAACUUAAUUUGCCAACCACCAAGUACAACAGCAUUCUUCUCAAAACCCACACACUUUUCACAUUCCACAACAAAAAAAAAAUUAAAACAAAGCUACGAGUAAAUGUAUGUAUGUAUUUCACUUCGACACCAUUGAAUGCAUUUAAUCAAUAUUUAAUAAAUGUACCGUAAUGAAGCGCAACAUUCACAGCAACAAUUUCAAAUAAUAAAUUUUGUAUAUGUAAAAUAAUUUAGAUAGUGAAGACAAAGUAAAAGCAAAAAAAAAUAAAAGUAUAAUAUCUGUGUAGCUAUUCUCAAUGUACACACGACUAAAAGAGCAUUUAAAAACAAUAGUUGAAAUUAGUCCAAUAAGAAUUAAAAAUAAAAUAAAAUAGACGUAAAUAUAUAAGUCAACCAAAACAAAAUUCAACACGACCGCGUAUAUUUGAAGGUGUUUAAGCAAAGGACAAAAUAAAAAUUAUAAAAACUAUAUAAUAAUAUUUAAAUGAAAAAAAUAAAAUAAAUAAAUUAAAUAAACUGCAUAACAUUUAAAAAUAAAUUAAAUCAGUUGAUUUUAGCUAAUAAUUAAUUAAUAAAUAUAAAUAACAUAUAUGUAUAUCUUAAUAUUAAUAGUUUUAAGAAGAACAUUUUUUUAAAAACUGUAAAUAGCUUAAAACAUAGUACAUACUUAUGUAUGUAUAUCACUAUAACGGAUAAAAUAUUUUUAUUUUGAUAAAAACCGAAAAAAAAUCCCAGCAUGCAAAACCAAUGCAGACAACUGAAAUAAUGAAAGAAUUUACUUUAGAAGUACACAGAAUAGAAAAAAUUAAAUAGAAGUUGUGUUGAGCAUAACUACAAACACAAAUAGAUAUAACUUCAAAAAAUAAAAAAUUUAAUAAUAACUCGGCUAAAAAGAAAAUGACAAAACCGGAACCACGCAUUCACUUUUUUUAUACAAAAGAAUAAAUAUAUAAAUAAUUUCAGAGAUUAGUUCACCAUAAUAUAUAUAUCAAUUUAAAAAUUAUUUAUCUCUACUUUUGACUUCAAGGCGUUAAGAGGCGUCAAUAAAUUUAUUUUAGAAUUGACCAGAGUUGAACGGAGAGAGUCUUGAAGUAAAAUUAACAAUAUUUUGUAAUUUAAUUGAAAUGUUUCGAGUGAUGAAGUCAGUGUGAGUUGAGUUGAGUAAAACAACUAGAAGUGGACGUAACUUUUGACGUUUACUCCUAAUCAAAUGCAUCACUGCAACCUGACGAACAUAAGGACAUAAAUACUAAGAUAAGGACAUGAGGACGAAGAUAAUGAUAGGACUGUAAAACGCAAAUGUACGAGAGGACAGUCGUUUUCUAAUCACAAAACUGAAAUGUCGACCAUUUUAAUCAUUUCAUAUAUUAAACUACAUUAUAAGUUGUAUUCAAUAAAUACGAUUUGUCAUCAAACAUACGCCGCCUUUAAAAACAAUUUACUAAUUCAGUUCGUUAUUGUCAUCAAACAUACUACUUCUCUACAUGGAUACUUGAAAUUCAGGCGAAUUCUUAGAAUUUUGAUGGAUUAGAUUUGAUAGUUCCAUCCAGAAGUGUUGUAGAGACAGGUUAUGCGUUCAUUUUAUCGCAAUGAAACACCUUACUACUUCUCUUUUACUUGUCCAAACAUCAGGUUAUGUUUCACAAGCUAUCAAAAUGAGCUGAAGUGUCCCUACUACAAAUUAGUUGCCUGCACAAAUUCGUGAAAGACUCAAAACGCUUUGUCGUUACUUGAGUGUCUUGGGCAUCCAUUUUGAGGAGUUUAUGGCAUCACAAGUGAGAUCUCUUGUGGCACUGGUGAUUAGCCACUCUAGCCCAACCUUACCUAACCUAUCAAAAUGAGAAAAAUGUCACUUUGUACAACAUUUAAACAAUGUCUAAUCAGUCCAAAUGAGGUUGAAAAGGCUUAACUUCCAAAAAUAAAAGGAAAUCGAGUUUUCACAUAUUUUUUUGGUCCCCAUUUUUGCACUACGGAGUGAAAUUAUAUGGAAAUAUAUCAUCUGUGACGAUUUAUAGCCAUGCCGGAAGCCGAGCGCUAUUAAAAAUAGUUUUCGUUUUUACUUAAGUCAAUCUAUUUAUUUUGUGCAUCUUCACAGCUCUGUUUUGUGAAAAAAUUCUGUAAAUAACCCCUCUUUCCAAAAAUGUAUAUUAUCAUUCGCACUGAAUAUCUUAAAAUAUAACUAUAAUACAAACACCGACACAAACAAUUAUCUGUAAAUAUACCGAAAAUCUAUAAAAAAAAUAUAAUGAAAUAGAAAUUGAAUCAUGAAUUGAAUGCAACAAAAACUCUAAAUAAGAAAUCUCAAACACAAAUCUCACCAAUUAAAGUCCUAAACUAUAUCAGCAGUAGGUAAAGUAAAAUAAUUGUAGGUAAACAAAAAUUAAAGUAAUUACAGACGAACAAGCAUGUAAAGAUAAAAUAAGACAUCAAUUUUCAGCACAAUUAACUACAUGUAUUACAACAACAUUUACACACAUACACACAACUAUAUUUAUUGUAAUUAGUAAAUUAGUUGGAUUUCUUUAGUUAAUUUGAGUUUUUUUUUCAUAUUCAAAAAUUUACAAUUAAAAUUCACAAAUAUUUCUUCUAGUAUUACAGAUUAUUUGGUUACUGGAAUCAAUAAUUGAAUAAUAAAUGAAAAAAAUAAUUGUUUAAUUUCAUUUACACAAUGUCAACAAUUUAGUAAUGCAACGCAAUAGUUGUACAUUUUUUUACGCAAUUAAUGUUAACACAACAGAAAAAGCAAAAGCAAAAAAACCUAACAUAAAAUAAAUGAAAAUAAAAUUAAACUAAACGCAUGAGA